AUGUGUUUUUCUGACGAUGAUGAUGAGCGAGCCACUACUCAAGUUCCACACUUCGAUACUUUGCGAUUACCAGAGCGCCAGAGAUUCGAGUAUGCCCGCCAGUAUGGCAUUAUGAGCGCUGUUCCAGAGCGAUAUCCUGCCAUUGCACCUGGAGUCAUCCAUUACGAUGGUAGCCCAUACCACUCGGUCCGGGAAGAUCGUAUUGAGUAUGCAGCUCAAAACGGUUGGGCUAGCAUUAUGCCUCUAGCUCAUCGACGGCGACAUCAAAUAUUCGGAAUGGUUCACUUCAAGCUUCUCGGCGAUGCUAAUUGUCUCGGUGACUUCCCUGAGGAGUGGCGCGAAGGGGAGCUCGCUCCCUUCCAGAAUCACGACCUCGAGCACAACCAGCUCCCGCCCUUUUACCGGCACCUUCUCUUUAGCCCUUCACAAAGCGUCCUCCUCAACACCUCUGCCCAGACCUUCGCUGAGAUGUCCGCCAAAAUGACUUCGAUCUGGCGCGAACUGGUCACGAUCACCAACUCGGCUGCUCCUCCUCCUCCACCUUGCCAGCGAGUUUUCGCUCUUUUUGGCUUGGCCAUCUCCGAGGACAUCAACACCCUGGUUCAGAAUAAUGUGAACCCAGAGCUCGCCAUACAAUAUGGUGCGAUUAACAUCCGCACCGGCAAGGGUCACCUUUUCACUGUGGGUGAGUUUCGACGAUGGCUCAAGAACAACCCCAACGUCAACAUCAUUUGUGGAGCCGAUUACCGCACCAACGUAUCCCAGCAUCUUUGCCAGGCUCCGGUCAGCUACUCCUCCCCUCGAUCCCGACUUUUCUUCAAUAAAUGCUGGAAAGAAGUCUGCGAAAACGCGGAGUUCGACUUGGAUCUCCUCAUCGACGCCCUGGUCAAUCCUUCCUUCAGGAAUCAGACUGAUCCAAGAUGGACUUAUCUUGGGGUGAACUCUUUCGACGAGUGGUCCUCCAUUCGCUCUCAGGUCAAGCUUCAUCACUUUGGUCUGGAGAUGCUGAGCUGCCCAAUCGACCUGCAGAUCCAAGAAUGCGACGACUCCUGGAACACCUGGUACUCCCCCGAAUCUCAUGAGAAGCGUUACAACUUCCAAAAGCAGUGUGCCCGAAUCGCCCAGUACUCUACACGCUUGGCGAUCCUCAAAGCCAACUUGGUCCUUCCAAUGACGCCUGCUGAACGACUUGCUCUCCUCGCCAAGUUGCGCUCCUUCGACCUCGAGUGCUGA